CUUCUCAUUGGUCCAAACACACGGUUCAAGAUUGUCAAAUGUACCAUUCAGAAUAUAACACCCACACCAAACCCGGCUGUCUCGAGUCCCACUAUUAUCAUUUUGCAUCGAGUAAUCCUGUUUUUUAUGGACAUACUGUAGCUCGGCAGACACCGCCAGGUGCGUCUCACCGACAGACAGGCAGGGAGGAUGAGUCGCUUCCUGAACGUCCUGCGGAGCUGGCUGGUGAUGGUGUCCGUCAUCGCGAUGGGAAACACCGUGCAGAGCUUCAGAGAUCACAGCUUCCUGUCGGAGAAGCUCUACACGGGCACACCAGAGUUCGUGAAUGGUCUCCAAGCUCGAACAUUUGGCAUUUGGACAUUGCUGUCUUCGAUCAUCCGCUGCUCGUGUGCCAUCGAUAUCCAGAACAGAACGCUGUAUCACAUCACCUUGUGGACGUUUGUGUUGGCGCUGGGCCACUUCCUGUCCGAAGCCUUCAUCUACAAAACUGCUCCUCUGACCAUCGGGGUCAUGGCACCUCUCAUCGUGGCAAGUUUCUCUAUAAUGGGAAUGCUGAUUGGAUACCAGUGUAUUCCAGAAACACAAGAGGAAGUGGGAACACGGCAGAAGAAACGUAACUGAGUAACUGAGCAGUUUGGGUUUUUGUUGUCCAUGGAACCCACGACACGACCAACACCAGACAGUCGUGGGGUGAACCAGUCCUCAGUGUGCUGCUGCUUCUUGCCCUGAAGAACACGAGAUCUGCUUUCAUUUCUUAUUGUGAUAUUUUCUAAGACAAUAUACAUCUCGGACUUAGUGUAUUUCGUGUUUUUAACUGGACAUUUUUCAGCUGACGGUGCAAUUACAAAAUGUUUGUCUGAGUCACUUGUAAUUUACUGUCAUGUUACACUUCCUGUUCUGAUUUCUAACUUCUUGGCUAAAUGUUGUUAAUUUCAUAUCAUAGCAGUUAUCGCUGCUAAAACGUCAUAAUGUGUCAUAAAGUGACACUUGUCAACGAGAUACCACUAAAUGUAGGGUUUUUUGUUUUAAACUUCUUUUUUUUUGUCAAUGUGUGGUUAUGACUUUGUUGGUAAGAAAAGUGAUCACAGCUAUAAUUGAGUUGAUUUUUAUUUCACCAGACUAACAUGUCCUGUUUUUUUUUAAAAUAUAAUUUACCAAGGAACAGAAAUAACAUACAGUAUGAAACUAUGCUCUUCAUUACAAAAUAGCACAAACACUUAUAUUAGCAAUUCACAAUGUUUUUUUGUGCUGUAAAAGUUUGCACACCCUUUUCAUAUAAUUUUUUUUUAAUUGAAUGGUUUGAUUGUUUUGCAUGUUCUAGCAAGUAAUAAGCAAAUUAGAUAUAUUUCUAAAUGUCAAAAGAAAAACAAUUUGUGAUAAAUAUACAUGGGCUUUCUUUUCCAAUGGUGUAAUUGUGAUUUUACAUCAUUUUGAAAAAACUUUUCAAAUCCUGUGCUGCUCAAAUCUCAUUCUUGGCUUUUGAUGUCAAAAAUAGUUUUCGGAAAUAAACAAUGCUAAUUUUGUGCUGAAAACCA